AUGAAUCUUGAAGUGGCAAAUUUUUUUAAACAAACUCAGCAAAUGACUGCUGAUGCAUGUGAAGUGAGCCUCAGGACUGUGAAGCGUAUAACGUCUGAGGCAUCGAAGUCUUCGUGUUCAGAAUCUGAGUCGGAACCGAAAUUUACUUCUCCCCGAAAAACGUUCAAACGUGUGAAGUAUGCGACUCAUAUUGAUGAUUUUGACAUGGACAUAGUACGGAGGACUGUGCAUGCAUUUUAUGAUAACCGUGAGUACCCAACUACACAAAAAAUGUUAAGUGCUUAUAAAGAAAAAACGGGUUAUGAAGGGUCUAGAACUUCAAUGUGGCGAAUUUUGAGAUCUUUAAAUUUUAAAUAUAAAAAAUGUAAUGACGGCAGACGAUUUCUCAUGGAACGAAAUGAUAUUGUAGCUAUGCGCGUAAAAUUUUUACGUAAAAUGUGCAACCUUCGUCAAAGUAAUGACACUCGACCUGUAGUUUACUUGGAUGAAACUUGGGUCAACCAAAAUCAUACACGUGGUCAAAUUUGGCAAAAUGAUCAAAAUACUGAAGGAUUAAAGGUACCGACUGGGAAAGGAGCUCGAUUACUUAUUUGCCAUGCUGGAUCAAGUAAAUUUGGUUUUGUAAAUCGUUCAAAAUUAGUAUUACGCUGCAAAUCGAGUGCUACACAUCCAGAUUACCACACACAAAUAAACUCAACUAUUUUUAAAAAAUGGUUUAUUGAUAUGCUCAACAAUUUGGAGGAACCUUGUGUAAUUGUUAUGGAUAACGCAUCUUACCAUUCGGUUCUUUCUGUCGAUUACCCAAAGUCUAAUGCCAUACAAUCAAGUGUUCAACAAUGGCUCAGAGAAAAUGGAGUAGAUUUUUCUCCAUUACAAACACUCAGUGAAUUACGCGAAAUUGUAAAGUCUUUAAUACCCAAAGAAAAAAAAUAUGAACUCGAUGAAAUUGCACUUCAAAUGGGCCAUGAAGUUGUACGUUUGCCGCCAUACCAUUGCCAAUACAAUCCCAUCGAGUUCAUAUGGGCACAGGUAAAAGGGGAAUUCGCUAAAAAUAAUACAACUUUUAAAUUUGCCGAUGUCGAAAAAUUGUUAAAUGACGCAUUGGACUCAGUAACAGUUGAAAACUGGAAAAAAUGUACCGAUCACUGCCAUAACCUGCAAGAGGAGGAUUUCAUCAAAGAAGGAUUAAGAGACGAAAUUUUGACACCAAUAAUAAUGACGAUCAAUCCUGAUGAAAGCAGUGAUAGCGAGAGCGACAGCGAAGGAUCUUAA